AUGGAGUGCAAGUCGUCUCUGAUUCUGCUUUGUCUAUCUGUCAUUUUCACUGAGGUGAUUUCAACUCAAGACAAUGGUAAGUGCUGUUUUCAUGAGCCAUUAUUUUGAUUAUGCAUUGACUAUUAAAGUUUGGCUUUCACAUAGGGUGAUGCAAUUAUUUGCUAUUUAUGUCAACAUCAUAGUAAUACUGAUUUGCAGCUGGAAAGAACUGUACAGGGAAAUAAACUGUAGUGAGGACUGUUUUGUUACGACUGGAUAAUCUACUGAAUUUGUUUCGGACUCAAGAUUCGAUUCGCAUCAACUUUUGAAUCUGUUUGUCCAUACAGUAUUUUUUUUAGGCCUGAGCUUUCUGACAACAUUGAGCCUAAAAAGACUCCCAGCAAAGGCCAGAACUUUUGGAAAUUGUAAAAUGGUCCUUGAGACAGCCAGACCAGCCCUAUCUAGAACUUAUGUAAAAAAAAACCAGCCACCAAAUAUUUCAGGGGAAAAAAAGCAUUUUAGGGUCAAAAUAUAGGACUUUUACUUUGAAAAUCUCCAUAAUUUUACAGUAAAAAUGCUUGAUAUUUGGUCUGAAUGUAGUCAAAGUGGUCCUGAAUACACACAGACCAGCCAAUGCCAGAACUUGUGGAAAAUAAGGAAACUACAGCUACCCAAAUUUACAGAAAAAAAACAAACCUAUUUCAGUAUCAAAAGUAAAAAUACUUGAUAUUUGGUCUGUGUGUAGUCAGGGCGGUCUUGAAGACACUUGGAACAGCCAUCGCCAGAAGUUAAAUGCUGUGAAGUCCAGUGUCACAGUAGUUCUUACAGGUAUUAUUUGUGAUAUCUCAGGGGCCUUUGAUUACAAUAUUUAACAGCAAAAUAAUAUAGUUAAAUACUGUGAAAUCCUGGUAAUUUUUAAGUGUGUAGACUUUUAAGAAUAUGGUUUGGCUUUAUGAGCAAAUUCUUUUAAAAUGUUUGUUUACGUGAAUGUUUUCUGUGUUUUUUGCUGUCUGUCUAUUCAUCAAAGGCUUACAAAUUAAUUGAUUCAUAACCCCCAUUGAGUUUAGAUUCAGUUUUAUCUUUUCACAUUUCAUCUUCUUUUCUACAGCCAAGAUGUGUCCAAUCCCUCAACCUCUGCAGCCCUUGGCAAGGGGAAUGACUGAAGCUCCAUUUAAGACUCUGCUCAACUUCUCAUGUGAUGAUGGGUAAAAGUCACCGAUAUUUCCAAGUCAAACAUAACAAGGCAUAAUUACAAAAAGAAUGAUUGUUAGAAUGAUUUUAGGUUUUGCUCGGCAGGUACAUCAUGAUUGGAGCCAAUUCAAGCAGCUGUCUUCAAGAUGGGACCUGGAGCAAUCCCCCGCCUCUCUGUAAAGGUAAUGAAGGUGGAGUUUUAGUUUAAUUAAUUCGUUUUUUUAACUAGUGUAGCUCAAGUGUUGUCUUUUCCCUUCUUCCAGCUGUGAAUUGUCCUCUGCCCCUGCCCCCAAGAGAUGGAAGAAUUGUCCAUGACAAUACAGUGUCUGGAACCACCACCAUGUAUGGACAGGGCUGGACCUACGAGUGUAACCCACCUAAAGCCCCGAGCCACGAGAGAGGAUCCUGUAGGGCUGAUGGAAGUGUGACUGAGCCACCAGUAUGCAGAGGUAAGCUAAAAACAUCAGUGUCCUCCCUUCAAUAUAUCCUGUGAUGUCUAACUUGCCAACGCUUUGAGCUGUCCCUACAUAAUAUUACCUACUGACAGUUUCUAACGCGUUUAUUUCUAUCCCAGAGGUGAGCUGCUCCGCCCCCACAGGGAUACCGAAUGGUUUCAUCACCUUUGCUGUCAUCAGGCCUCACGGCUACAAGGAAAAGGUUAAAUACGCCUGCAAUGAGCACUAUGUCCUGGAUGGUAAUCCUGAUAUCCAGUGCCAAAACACCGGAAACUGGUCUGCCAAGCCAGUUUGCAGGGGUGAGUCAUGGGGAAUUUGAUUAUUUUUCUACUAUUGUUACUAGAUUUGGUAAAAAAGCAGUCCAAUUUUAGAAAAUAAAGAUCCCAAGUGAGUGUAUUUGCGGUAUCUCUCAAACACAGAUGUCAAAAGCUGUUUUUUCCCCCCACCUAGCUCCUUGCACUGUUGGUAUCAAAAGAGGUCGCAUCUUCUACAAUUCCAGGAAGCUCUGGAUUGCAGACCUGAAACCCAACCGAGUCCUCCAUGAAGAACAUGUGGCUUUCUAUUGUUUAAACAAAACUGAAAGGUGUGGCUAUCCUGUGAACAGCACCUGUAUCGAUGGGACCCUUGCCCUCCCAGAGUGCUUUGAGGGUGAGUUAUCAACAGUCCGAUGGAUCUGUCUGUUAAAAACGUGGUUUCAAAGGCUCAGCUCUCCUUUGUCCUAUCCUUCAUUCCAUGAUGUACCGAAUGAUUUUAGUGGGUUACAGGUCUCGGCUGCAGACAAGCCAGUUAACUGUAAGCACCCAGACCCUAAGACUAACGGAGAUGCUGUUGUGAUAUGUGCAAGAUGGGGUUUGAAUCGUCUUGCUGAAACGUGCAAGGUCCUCUUUGGAGUAGACAUUGUCUGGGUGGUGGCAUAAUGUUUCAAAACCCAUAUAGUAUAUCACUUGGCCCUGCGAGAUGUUUGAGCCAUCCAUUCUUAUACCAUCAAAGAUGCCAAGAAUGACACAUUUUUGUUCCAUAUUCACAUUGUCUCCCAGCUUUCUUGGAAUUAGGGUUGAACUUUUGUGCAAAGCAUGAAGAAGUUAAGUCUGGAUAGGGGAAAACUGUAUUGUCAAAAUCUAAUUUGGCACAAGUUUAAGACAAGACAUGAUUGUGAAUGAGCAAAAGUAAUACUUUGACCUUUGACAUUACAGUACUUUCCCUUUAAAUCUCCUCUGUAAAAACUAUCAGAUGACCAUCAAAUGCCUUUGAAAAACCCAAAGAGCCUUUAAUGGAUUUCCAAUAAUUACACAAAUGACUUUGUCUUUUAUCGUUUUUUUACAGAACCAGGCAAGGUGGAGUACAACUUAAAGGCCAAAAGCCUUCCAUCAGAAAUACAAGCGUGUGCCACCUCACCACCUGCGAGCCCCGCAAGCCCCACAAGGCCUGCAAGCCCUGCAUAA